AUGAUCGGCGCGAAAAGGCCAACCUACCCUGGCGAUGAAGGACCUCCAGCCUCGAAAUACAAUUACACAACCGCCGUUACAGAAGAGCCAUCGUCAAGUGAACACACUCCUCUGCUCUCGAGAUCGAGCUACCACAACAUUGACCUCAACCCGCGACAUCGACUGUUGAAGUCGCCUUCCUCAAUUCUCCUCAUUAUCUUUCUUGUCGUCCUCCUUACAUCUUUUGGUGACCAACUGCAAGAAGCCCCCUUCACUCGCAUUCUCGAAUCGGUCAUCUGCUAUCAGUACUAUGAGGAAGUCGACCCGAGCAAAAUCAAACUCGGUCGAAGUCGUGUCGGGCCUGGCGCUAUUGGAGGUGUUGACGAGAUGUACUGCAAAGCCGACAAAGUCCAGGACGACCUAGCUAUGCUCUCAGGCAUUCAAGCUUUUCUCGACGGCUUUCCUGCCUUGGCUCUUGCGAUACCUCUUGGCUGGGCCGCUGAUCGCUAUGGACGCUGGCCGUUCCUCAUGCUUGGAGUUGUACAAGGUGCUGCGCGGACCGUUUGGGUACAGCUUGUCGCGUGGUUCUGGGAAUCGCUCGACGUUCGGGCUACUUGGUUCCAGUCGGCCUUUUCUUUACUUGGAGGCGGCAGUACAACAGCCUCUGCCUUAUUUUUCGUCACGGUCAGCGAUGUCACCACUGAAAGUGACAGAGCUGGUGCUUUCCUCCGGCUGGGCGCAGCGAACCUGUCUGCCAGCCUGUUCAUGCCUCCAGUCGCCGCAUGGCUGAUGGCCAUGAAUCCGUGGAUACCUGCUCUCAUGGGCACUGGCUUCAUGUGUGGUGCCGCCAUUCUGUAUUUGUUCGUGCCAGAAACACUGGACUAUUUUGCAAGAGCCAAUCCCCCGACUGCAAUGGAAGAUGCUCAUACAACUGCUUCAGGUCCAGAUCCUGUGCAGACAUCGACCCCGGCCGCUCUUUCCUUGCGCAUCAAAGCCGUGUUGACUAAUGUCAAAUCCGCGCUUGCCUUCCUACAUCGUGACUGGCGAGUCCCGGCAUUGAUUCUGCCUUUCACAGUUCACAUUCUCGUAGCAUCCUCGGGUCGUCUGCUGAUCCAAUACGUCUCUAAGCGCUAUGCCCUGACGUUUUCGAAAGCAACCUUACUCACGACUGUCAAGAACGGCGUCCAGGUUGCUCUGCUUUUCAUCAUUUUACCAAAGAUAUCGGAGCUCGUCAUGACCCGAUUCGGCCUUGGUAUUCAGAAGAAGGAUCUCUACUUGGCCAGGCUCUCUCAAUGUCUCGUAGCAAUAGGCUGGCUUGGCGUCGCUGCGGCACCCAACGUGGUCCUUGUGGGCAGUGCGCUUGCAGUGUCCAGCUUAGGAUACGGAGCGAUGCUGCUUUUGAGGUCCUUUAUAACAUCACUUGUACCGACGCACGAAGUUGCUAGGACUUACAGCGUGAUCGGUAUUGUCGAUACUCUGGGAACAAUGUUUGGCAGUCCUUUGCUUGCCGGGCUUUUCAAGAGAGGCCUGGAGCUAGGCGGUCCUUUCAUUGGAUUACCAUACUAUUUGAUAGGUGGCCUGAGCGUUCUCUUUGCUGUACCGAUGUUCGCUGUACGACUGAGGAAAGGAGAAGGCGAAGAACCAUCAGGAUUGGAUGAUGACGAGGACUAGACAAGACCCGUCGUUUGGUGUUGUUUUUAUACAUAGAUCGCCCGUGACAUAGACCGCACGGAACAAUGGCAUUGAACUGGUGGCGAAGC